AUGCCUUCUGGUCUUUCGGUUGAUACUGAAGAAAAUAUUUUGUUAACAGAUGUUGGAAUGCAUCAGGUAUUUAUAUAUUCGAAAGGUGAAUGUGUAUUAACAUUAGGUGAAUCAUUUGUUGCUGAUGAUGAUUCAAAUUCAAAUAUAUAUGUUGCUGAUGGAUAUUGUAAUGUUCGUAUUGUUAAAUUUGACUCAAAAUCAGGGUUGCAAGAUCUUCUGAAAAAAAGAGAAAGCUUCUGA